GGAGCGGCCGCAGGGGGCGGGCAGCAGCGGUGGGGUGGCGCCGCCUCCCCGCCCGCCCGGCGCUGCGGGGCCGAGGCUGAGGAGCCGGAGCGGCGGCGCUGCCCGUGCGGGCGGGCGGGAGGAGCUGUACAGACGGGCGCCCCGCGCUGCUAUGAGCUCGUCCCAGGUGGGUACCCGCCGCCCCGGCUCCGGCAGUGCCUCAGUGUCCGCCACCACCAGCAGCAGCCGCCGCCGCUCCGGAGCUGCCACACCAAAACAGCAUUGUAGGUUUGGUGGCUUAGAAGGAUGGAAUCAAUCUCUAUGAUGGGAAGUCCUAAGAACCUCAAUGAAACUUUUCUACCAAAUGUUGCCAAUGGCAUCAAGGAUGCCAGUAAGAUCACAAUAGGCAUCAUUGGAAGUGGAGACUUUGCAAAGUCAUUGACCAUUAGGCUUAUCAGAUGUGGGUACCACGUGGUUGUAGGAAGCAGAAACCCUAAACUUGCUGCAGAGUUCUUUCCCCAUGUGGUUGAUGUCACUCACCAUGAAGAUGCAGUAGCCAAAGCAAACAUCAUUUUUGUAGCCAUUCACAGGGAACAUUACGCCUCUUUGUGGGACCUCAAGCAUCUACUCAUUGGUAAAAUUCUGGUUGAUGUCAGCAACAAUACAAGAGUAGACCAAUAUCCAGAUUCCAAUGCAGAGUAUUUGGCAUCACUUUUCCCAGAUUCCCUGGUUGUCAAAGGAUUCAACGUUGUUUCAGCUUGGUCUCUACAGUUAGGACCAAAGGAUGCCAGCAGACAGGUCUAUAUAUGCAGUAACAAUGUUCAGGCUCGCCAUCAAGUUACUGAGCUUGCCCGUCAGCUCGGUUUUAUUCCUAUUGAUCUGGGGGCAUUGUCAUCUUCGAGGGAAAUUGAAAACUUACCACUGCGACUGUUCACACUGUGGAAGGGGCCUGUGGUGUUGGCCAUUAGCCUGGCAACGUUUUUCUUCAUCUAUUCCUUCAUCAGAGAUGUAAUCCAUCCAUACGUCAGAAAUCAACAGAGUGACUUUUACAAGAUCCCCAUUGAGAUUGUGAACAAGACUCUGCCAAUUGUUGCCAUCACUUUGCUCUCCCUAGUGUAUUUGUCAGGACUUAUUGCAGCUGCUUAUCAGCUUUACUACGGUACCAAGUAUAGGCGGUUUCCCCCUUGGCUGGACAACUGGCUGCAGUGCCGAAAACAGCUUGGGCUACUCAGUUUUUUCUUUGCCACAGUGCAUGUGGCAUACAGCCUCUGCUUACCCAUGAGGAGAUCAGAGCGAUAUUUGUUCCUCAAUAUGGCGUAUCAACAGGUUCAUGCAAAUGUUGAAAAUUCUUGGAAUGAGGAAGAAGUGUGGCGAAUUGAAAUGUAUAUCUCCUUUGGAAUAAUGAGUCUCGGAUUGCUUUCUUUGCUGGCAGUAACUUCCAUCCCUUCAGUAAAUAGUGCCUUAAACUGGAGGGAGUUCAGUUUUAUUCAGUCUACGCUUGGAUAUGUUGCUCUGAUCAUAAGUACUUUCCACGUACUGAUUUAUGGAUGGAAGAGAGCUUUUGAAGAAGAGUAUUACAGAUUUUAUACACCACCAAAUUUUGUUCUUGCCCUUGUUCUGCCCUCCAUUGUAAUUCUAGGUAAGAUCAUUUUACUUUUGCCGUGUGUAAGUAGGAAACUAAGGAGAAUUAGAAGAGGAUGGGAGAAAAGCCAUGUUAUAGAAGAAGCAAGUGGGUCUGCUCCACAUCUCUCCCCAGAAAGGAUAACUGUGAUGUGAUGGUAGACUAUUAUUUGUUACUACUGUUGCAGGUGUUUGUUUUUUUGUUUGUUGUUCUUUUGUCAUAAACUUGUAUUUUCAGGAGUUUAUGUAAUGUCUGAGUAAAGUCACUGUGGACUUGCUUGGCAUACAGUACAAGCUCUCAAAAAAACUAUAAGACAUUUGUAAUUAGGAAACUGCUCCUUCAGAUAACUACAAAUACUUUAUUUUGAAUUACAGAGGGAAGAUAAUUAUGAAAUCAGAACAUUUUAACGCAUCUUUGCACAGUUGUAUCAUGGCAGUAUUUCAUUAUAACCAUACUUUUGAGAUAUUUCUUUGACUCAGAGCAUGUGUCAGAGUGUUAUUUAUUAAUACCACAUUUUUCUGGGCAGUGUUUCUUUUAUUUAAACCACACUUCUGUGUUAGGGAGUUCAACAUAUGGGCUAAUAGAGUUAGUAAUUUAGGAAAUAAUCAGGUUUUGAAGCAAGUGAAAUUAAUUUGUAAUGAAGUAUUGCACAUAUUUAUUUGUGUGUGGUUUUACAACUUUCCAUGAUUUGAAUAUGCAAAACCAAUUUCAAUUAUGGUUUAAUUAUACAUCUUGUAAGCAAAUGGUAUUGUACUAACGUGGGUUUUUUUAAAAAGAAUCACAUAGAAUUUUACUUCUUUAUUUCUUUUAUUCUUUAUUUCUUUAUUUCUGUGUGUCAUACAAUAAAAAUUCAAAACAUUCUUGUGUAAAAAAAACUUGCAAGUACACGUGCAAGCAACUAGUUUUUGAUUUAAGAAUGAUUUUGAAAUAUCGGAAAUAAUACUGAGAGGUUUGCAAAAAUAAAAGUCUGUUUUCACUUUGAAGCUCCAGUAUGUUGCUACAACAUGGAAGCAUCACAUUACUCAUGCUCUGUGUUUCUACACUGGAGUUUCAGUAGUUACGCAUGAAUUUCCCAGAAUCUGUCUUAAAAUCUUACUAUCUUUUUUGUGCAAAUACAAUCUUCUAUUUUUAUAAGAAAGUCUUACUUUUACACCAGAUGUUUCUGGGAUAUGCAUCAAUUUUUAAGAAACAAAAUUAUUCUUAGACCUAAAAAUGAAAUUUUACCUCUGAAACUUGGCAUUUCCAUUUCCUGUGAGAUUCAGAAGAACAUUCAAAAUUGUUUAUUACCACUGCUUGCCUGGUUUUAUUCUUAACAAAAUAGCCAAACCCAACUCAUGUACCUUCAGGCUACCCCUACUUAUUUAGGAAAAUAUUUAUUUUAAUGAAUGAGAAUAGGUCCAAAUAUUCCUUAGAUAUAUGGAAUUAUAUUUUUCAUAUCUAUUUUUGCACUAUUUAGGAUCUCUGACUUUCUUAGCUGAAACUUCACUUACUAUUUCCAAGAAAUUGUCAUUAGUAUAUGAUGCCUGUCAGAAAUACACAGUACUUAAGUUGAAUAUAUCCUUAAACGUUAUUAGUCCUGUAAAUCUGAGUACCUCUGUAAUGAAACCAACAGCUCCACAGAACAAAUAAAAUCUAAAAUCAAAUUCUGCUCCCAGUUACACCAGCCUAAAUCUGAAGAGUUUUUGUUAGUUGUUCAUAAUUUCAAUUCAAACUCAAAAAUCUACUACAAUUUUAUUUUAAUUGUAGUAUUUGUAUUCCCCAAAUGUCAAGCCUAUGUUAUAUUUUGGGUUUGUUGCAAAUUAAAAAGCAGCUAGAUUAUUUUUUUUUUCCAAUUUCAAGUACAUUCAAUUCCAACGCUGCAAUGAAAUUUUCACACUGAAUAUAUUUGCAUGCUUUUUUUUUCCAGAAUUAAAGCAUUUAUGUCUUUAAAUGUUCUUUGUAUGUAACAUGUUGUCAGUAAAUCUUUUUUCUCUUUGAAAAUGGAGGUUUCUGAAAACAUGUUUUGGAAAAAAUAGAAUUCAACCAUAUUUCAUAGAAUAGAACCAUAUUUCAAUCAUAUUUCAUAGAAUCAUAGAGUAUUUUGGGUUGGAAGGGACCUUAAAGAUCACCCCUUUCCACCCCCCCCCCCACCAUGGGCAGUGACACACACCAUCAGACCAGGCUGCCCAAAGCCCCAUGCAGCCUGGCCUUUGACCACUUCCAGGGAUGGGGCAUCCACAGCUUCUCUGGGCAGCCUGUGCCAGGGCCUCACCACCCUCUGAGUGAAGAAUUUCUUUCCUAAUAUCUAAUCUAAAUCUUCCCUGUUUUAGUUUCAAACUAUUACUCCUUGUAAUCGCUGCACUCCCUGAUAAAGAGUCCCUCUCCUGCUUCCUUGUAGGGCUCCUAGUGAUUGUAGUGAUUUUCAUGUUGGUCAGCAGAAACAUGAGAGUUGCAGGGGAUCAGGAACAGAAAGAGAAAAUUAUUUUUUUUUCACCUAGUUUUGAAAAGUAAGCUAGUGGUUAGACAAGGGCCCAUUGAGACUUUUCUCCAGUAGCAGACUAGUGGCAGAUUCUUCCAAAAAGAGCAUCUGUCCAGUGAUUUAUCCUCAAACAUAACCCCUCAGCACCUUGGAAGUCAAUGAUUUAGGGCUUCUUUGGGACAGAUACUGCCUCUGGACUAUUGUAUUGUACUUCCUCCAAAACUUAGAAAUUAUAAACUUUGAAACUUUCCCAUUUUUUUUCUGGAAGGAAAAGAUGGAAGAGAAAAAGAAAUACAUUAAAAAAAAAAAGUUUAAUAAACCUAUCAAUAAACCCAUCAAAUUAAUUUUAAAAAAAAUGUGUAUUCUUUCUCUGUUCUUAAAAAAAUGAGCAGAUAAUUUCAAAGCAAUAACCUUAUUUUCCCUUUCCCAAUAUGCAGCUAUUUCAGUGAUAAAUGUGGUGAUGCACAAACCCAAUACUAUUUUAUCAAACAGUCUGGAUACUAAACAAAAUAUCUGUUAUUGUUGCAUAUAGACAGGAGCCUAAGCUAGUAGAUAUCCAAUAAAAUGAAGCACAAGUGAUGGUUGCAACUGCUAAUUUUGCCUCUGCGUAAAUACACUCCAAUACAGAAAGCUGUAUAUUUUCAAAAGGCUUGCAACGCUUCCUGUAACAGAAUUUUCUAGCUUCUUAUUCCAUUAUUUCUGACAGAAACUACACAAAGCUUAGGCAUUUGUGCUCCAGUUCUUUAAAUAAAAUUAAUUAAAGAAUUAGCAUAAAUAGUUCCACUGAUAUAACUAUUCUCGUGGUUAUACUAAGUCACACACAUAGGUGUUUGCAGGAAUAUUUGCUUGUGAGCUGUCUGGAAAGGAUUUAAUCUUCACACCCGUGGUAUUGUUUGUGUAAAACUAUUUCAAGUCCUUGAUAUUAAUUUCAUGCUAGAGAAAACAGCGUGUGAAUAAUAUUAAAAUACACAAAGUCUUGGAGUAUUUUAAUGAGAUAAAUUCCAUGCUACGUUCUGUCCCAGUAUGGUGCCUGUGCGUGAAACCUCAUUAAAACUACGGGAAUUGGACAGUGUAACUGAAAGCAGAAUUUCAUACCUAUGAACAAAUUUAGGGUGGAAACCAUUGCUGUUGACAAGCUGAUUACAUUUCAUCAUUAUGUAUGCUGCUAUUAUUUUUAUAUUAAUUCAACUUAUGUAGAGUAAUUAACAUUCAUCUUGCCUAUAAUUACCUAAUUCUUGUUUGAUGCAACAGCGAUAGUGUUGCAGAAGAAAGAUGCUGUAAUAUUUGAGCAUUACUGUCUAAGUCAUGCAUUGUAACGGAUCAUGCAGCCACUCGUGGUGUAUACAGAAAUGUAUUUGCCCUCUUCCUAUGCAAAGUUAUUUCAUCAUUAAACUUCUUCAAGAAUGUUAAACUGUUAAAUUUUGAACUGCCAAAGGUGUCCAGCGGGAAUAGUGGUGUGUUGUUUAUUCCUCAAACUGCGUGUAUUGAAAGUCAAACAUGUGGUUUAAUUUUAUAAGUUACUUGAAAAGUUGAAAUACUGAAGUAUUAAUAAAUAUAUGAUAUUUUUAGAUAAAAUAUAUGAAUACAUUUUGUGAAAUAUUUGUGCUAUUAAAUAAUGUAUGGUUUCCAGUUAGGCCAUGUAUUUACUUCUAACUGGAAUGAUGACUUGUUUAAUCUCAUGUAGUGUGCUUUAUUUUAAGGACCAAUUCACUCUAACAAGACACUGUAAGUCUGAAAAUAAAAUGACACUCAUGCAUUUAUUACACAUUCUGUAUCAUACCAUGUAUAUGUUUAGUCACAUAAGGAAUCUUUAUUCAUGUGAUCAAACCCAUUGGUUUCUAUAGGAGAACCUGAAUAAGGACUUCUCAUGGGAGUGAGACCUGAGGCUAAAAGUUUGGUUUCAAUUGCCUAAAUAUAUGAAAAUAAAUGAAUUUAGAUUUUUUAGUUAUUUAGGAGAAUAAAUAUGUAUUUUGAGGAAUAGCUUGCUAUGUAUAUUUUUUGGUAAAAUUAUAUAAAGUGUUUACUGGUUGUGGGGAUGUCCUGCCUAAUGUGAAAACAACCUUCACUUCUAUUACUGUUACAUAAAAGCAAAAUAGUGCUUGAUACAUAGUGCAGAACUUUACACAUAUUAGAAAUUAGAAACCUCUGUGUAUUUAGCAACAAGUUAUUUGUUUUCUGUGGAUGUGAAGGUAUUUCUUCAUAAGGCUGUUUCAAAUACAGUUCCAUUCCAGAUUCCGUAUUUGUCUUUAAUUUUAUUUUACAAUUCUAUUAAUGGUGGCAACUAUGUACAAGUUAAUUAGGUCCUCAUGUUCUUGAAUUAUUCAGAGAUUAAUUAUUUUGAAAUUCCAUUUUGCAAGUUCUUUGCUUAUCUAGCUUGCGGUAAUGGUUAUUGUGAAUUGGUGCCACAUUUAAUGUUUUGUUCUAACAUUGUGCAUAAUAUGAUGUGCCAACAUGACAUUUGCAUUUUUACUUAGCAUUAAUUGGCUAUAAAAUAUUGUGUGUCUAUGUAUGUAAUUAGCUAUACAUGCUGCCCAACUUGCACUAAGAAAAAUUACUGUUUAAUAUAAGGCAAUGAGUUCCCAUGUGGAUAUAAAUUUCACAUACGACUAUAGCUAGGAAACAGCUUUCCUCUGAAUGUGAUAAAAUCAAAGUUAUAUAUAAAUGCAUAAAGAUUAGAUAGAUUGAGUUUUAAGUAUAUUUUCAAUGGUAGCAAUAUGCAGUGGUAGUAGUUACAUAUGCAUAGUUCCUUUCAGAUAUACGUCUCCUAAUGCACACAUUUUUGAUUUCUUGGAUGUUCAUCCUGUAGUAUUUUCUAUAAAUGUAAUAAGUAAAGUUGCAGUACUGAUACUGUAUCAUUAUAUGAUACUGCGUGAAUUAACUAGAUUGCAGUCUUUAAAACAAGUAACACAUUGAACUGACUUGAACAACUUGUCAUUGUAUAUUGUUUUUCAUGCCUUGCUGGCAGUGUCUUGCAGUGAACGUAGUUUGUCUUCCAUAUGCAGUCUUUUCCUGGUAUUCUGUUUGUAGUCAUUUGUCAAUUUGUUUGUGCUGUCUCUCUGAACAGGGCUAUUAUAAAUUAUUAGUAAUGCUUUUACCUAUUUUUCCAUAGACUCUGUUUUUCACAAAAAAUCAAUAAAAAGUCAAUGUCAGA